CACUGUAAUACGUAUUACUAAACUAUUCAAAAAUUGCAAAUAGUGAAUCUUAAAAUUACAUCGUCCAGCAGCUGCAAUCGGCCAAGGUUUUGUACGUUUGCACACGCCAUUACACGGACUGUCGUCGCCAAAUAUUUACGGACAUUAAAUUGUCAUACUCGCGACAGAUAUUCAAUGUCGGCGUAUUAUUAUUUUUGAUUUACUCGUGAACUGCGAGGUUUGCACGUUUUGAAAAUACUGCACUGUCAAUUUACACACAAAAAUGUUGACACGCAAAGAAGAAUUAUUUGUGAAGCCUUUUCAACAAAGAUUAUAUCAUCAGCACAAAGUCAAUCUCAAGUCAGCCACUGCAAGGGUGGAUACGACGCCACCACAUGAUUGGCAACACAUUGUGCUGAAGACAAAGAAAUACCAAAAGGAACGAGAGAGGUGUACACAAAUAUUAUUAAACAAUGGUAUUUUGUGGAGACACUUAAGUGAAAUAAUGAGCACCAAACGAGUAGACAACAGCUGGGAUUACGAACAACCUAAAUUUUUCCAUAGAGUCAAUUUAUUUACAAAAAAUAAUAACAAGCUAACUGUAGAUAUUGAAGAAUCAUCAGAGUCUGGUAAAAUACAAACUGAAAUAAAAAACGAAAGGUGUAUUGCAUGUAAUCCAAAUUUGUCAAUUUCUAAGACCAACAUACCAGAGGAGAGAAUACCAUGGGAUCCACCAAAAAAAAAAUUAUCGAAAAAAUUACGGAGUUUAUCCAUCCAUAACGAUGGGGUUAUUAAAAAUACGAAACAUCAAGUAUUGAACAAGUCUAGACAGAGCCAGAAAAAAAGUACAGUUUCAACAAAAAAAAUUGAUAACAAGUUAAACAUCAAUAAUAACAUAAUGAUUGAAACAAACAAUUAUUUAAAUUAUAUUGAAAUAAACGAAGGUUCGUUAGAUCUCAUUAUUAAGUUUCCAUCUGGUAGCAAAGUGUCAAUGGUCGAAGGAAAAACAAAACGCAUACUUCAACCAAAUAAUUGUCAAUGUACAAGAUGUCUUUAAGUUAUUACACAUAGCACUUUAAAUUCAUAUUAAUAUAAUAAGUAAACUAGUAUAGUUAAAUAUACAAUAUUGUCAUGGUAUUUUUUAAUUUACA